AGGCGCCGGCCAAUGAGGACUGGUCCUAAAGGAGCUUGGGGCGGGACUUGGUUGGAGGGGCGGACUCAGCGUAAAGAGUCUGAAGCGGACCCUGGGAGUGUCAGAAGCGUUUCCGGUGUUAACAGAGCUUCGUGGGCUCCGGAGAGGCGGCUGAGAAGAGUGGAGACUGUGUCCCACAGACUUUUGACAUCAUGAACAUAUUUGAUCGGAAGAUCAACUUUGAUGCGCUCUUAAAAUUUUCCCAUAUAACCCCCUCCACACAGCAGCACCUGAAGAAGGUCUAUGCCAGUUUUGCCCUCUGCAUGUUUGUGGCGGCUGCGGGGGCCUAUGUCCAUGUGGUCACACAUUUCAUUCAGGCUGGCCUGCUCUCUGCCCUGGGCUCCCUGGGGUUGAUGAUUUGGCUGAUGACAACACCUCAUAGCCAUGAAACUGAGCAAAAAAGACUGGGACUUCUUGCUGGAUUUGCUUUCCUUACAGGGGUUGGCCUGGGCCCUGCUCUGGAGUUUUGCAUUGCCAUCAACCCCAGCAUCAUUCCCACUGCCUUCAUGGGCACAGCAAUGAUAUUCACCUGCUUCACCCUGAGUGCACUCUAUGCCAGACGCCGUAGUUACCUCUUUUUGGGAGGUAUAUUGAUGUCAGCCAUGAGCCUUAUGCUCUUGUCUUCCCUGGGGAACCUUUUCUUUGGAUCCAUUUGGCUUUUCCAGGCAAACUUGUAUUUGGGGCUGAUGGUCAUGUGUGGCUUUGUCCUUUUUGAUACUCAACUCAUUAUUGAAAAGGCUGAAAAUGGAGAUAAGGAUUAUAUCUGGCACUGUGUUGACCUCUUCUUAGACUUCGUUACUCUCUUCAGAAAACUCAUGAUGAUCCUGGCUAUGAACGAGAAGGACAAGAAGAAAGAGAAGAAGUGAAAUGACCAUCCAGCCUUUCCCAUUUUGGCUUCCACUCCCUCCGCCCCCUCAUUUUCUCUUUGCACACAUUACAGGUGGCGUGUUCUGUGAUAAUGAAAAGCAUCAGAAAAGCUUUUGUACUUUGUGGUUUUCUCUAUUUUGAAAUUUUUGAUCAAAAAACUGAUUAGCAGAAUAUAGUUUGGAGUUUGGCUUCAUAUUCCUGGAGUUCUUCCCCACUCUUUUCCGUCAUCCCCAUCCCUAGCUUCUUAAGAACCUCCACUUAGGCAGCCAGUCCACCGUGGUGAGGAGUGGAACCCGCAGAGGGAGACAACCCAGGAGUCCGCUUUCCGGCUGAGCUGUACCACGUGGAUCUGAACUGUUUGGUAGCGCCACCUCGGCCCUUCCUUCCUCAGCGCUGGUUGGUGCCAGUUCCUAUGGGACUGGGCGGUGUAUUUUCCUUUGGAAGGAAGCUUGCUGGUCCUGUUGUUACUCUGGCUCGUUCUAUCUGAGCUUCAGUCCACCCCUACAAAGAACAUGAAGAGCCUCCUCUGGUGGAUGCUUUGCCUCUUCUGAGCUGCCCAAAUCACUGCUGGUCUGGCACACACACCUGCCUGCCUUGCCAUCACAAAAGGAAUGCGGAUCUCUGUGUUCUCUUACCUGUCUCUUGUCUGACCCUCAGGGAAUCUGCCUGCUUUCCAUCCCCAGCUGGGAGGACUUCAGCCCAAAGGAAGACUGUUCAUGUCAGGCAGUUAUGAAAGGCUGAUUAUUUAUGGCAAGGUAGAGCCUAGAAUUCCCAAAUUUCCCCUGGCCUUUAUUUUAUUGGUUACCACCUUAGUUGCUGAGUGGCCUCCACCAGAUGGCUGUGAUGAAAGAUCCCAGGAGAGGAAGGACAGGGGAGGGUAAUGGUUGAGCCUCUACUAAUCCUGUCAGAUAAACCUAGAUAAAGGCUUGUUUGGGACAAAAUCUCUACUGAGUGAUUAUUUGUUCAGAUCAACAGAAUGGGGCUGUGAUGACUUGGGAGGCAGCAUAAGGGUUCUUUGGUGCAUUUUUGUUAUCUCCCACCUGGUAAUGUCCUACCUAAUUAUAGAAGGUGUCAAGCCAGAAAUUUUGGCAGGAGAUAAUGUUUAUUCUACGCAUGCAUUUUAGUUUUUGGCUGUACACCUCUUUCCAUAAAUCUGCAGUUUUCCUGGCAGGGCCCAGGUGACCAAACCUGCAAGACACCCGAUUCCCUGCAGCGUUUUGGUCACAAGUGGAGGGAGGGCAGUGCUAAUAGGACGCCCCCUCCUUCCCUGUGGGCUACGCAGUCAGCUGACACAGAUGGACAGGCCUUGGAGCAGUUGUGGCUCUGGCUACUCACAGGGCUUCAGUGUAAGGGGACUGAGCCGUUGAAAGCUUAUUGCCAGUAAGACACCAUUUUUGGCCCUGCCUGUUCACACCCAGUACAGUUUGACCCAGUGCCUACUGAUUUGCAGUGCACCAUAUUCCUGAGCCAUCCCAUGAAAAGAUUCAUUCCCAGGCUGUGUGUAUUCCCAGGGUGGCAUGACACCCAGAUGGCUCACUUCCACGGAGGAUGCCGCCCUUUGAUUUAGUGCUGCCUCCAGCCUCUGGCUUGAGAACUUACUAAAGGGACUUCCCAUUAAACCCCAGUAGCAACUCCAUUAAAUUUGUUGAUUCUCUGCUAGGUCUGAGAAUGAGUUACAUCUCUUGAAGCCAAACUCCACCUCUUGUGCUUUUAUGCUUUGGAUAAAGGAGUUUUUCUUUAGAAACAGUGCCAAGAAUGACAAGAUAUUUUAAAAAAAAUUAAAAAAAAUACUUUUAAAGAAAAUGUCUAACAGGUUUUUAAACCAGUAAUCACUGUAAUUACCACUUUCUUUUCUAGUUCAUUGGUUUUCAGCUCAGGCUGCAUUCUCUAACUCAUACUGUGAAGACAAAGGUGUUUUUGAUCAGAAAUAUAUGAAAUCUACAUAGUCUUAAUUUGUAAAAAAAAUAAUAAAGAAAAUUCCUUAACCUUU